CUGUUGCCAAACACGGAAUAGUGAAGACUGUUGGCUAAUCUCGGAAGCUACCUAAACGUGGCUUUGAAUUGAAUUGAAUUUAACGGUAACUAUCAUAAACUGCGACUAUUUCAUGGUGUCGGCCUCCAUGUCCAAGUACAAGACAUCCGGAUACAAAGGUUCAUGCGACUAUGGCAAAAGUGAUGAGCGGGAGGGGAGAAGUUGUGUGCGUUACAAGUGUGGCCUCCUCAACACCAUACAAGAUGUUCUACGCCAAAGAUCGAACUGGGUCGAGGUCAAAGAUGAUGGAGAGUGGGACUUCAACUGGUGUGAUGUGGGUUGGCUCAGGGAGAACUUUGGUCACACAUACAUGGAGGAACAUGUACGAAUAAACCACUUUCGCAAUCAUUAUGAGCUGACUCGCAAAAAUCUCAUGGUAAAAAAUCUGAAAAGAUACCAGAAAAACCUUGAAAGGGAUAUAGGCCGCAUAGAGGCAUCCAGAUGUGAUUUUUUCCCCUGCACCUUCGCGCUACCCAGCGAAUAUCAUCUGUUUGUAGAGGAGUUCAAUAGAAGUCCUGGAAGCACCUGGAUCAUGAAGCCGGUGGCAAAAUCUCAAGGCAAAGGGAUUUUCCUGUUCAGGAAACUGAAAGACAUUAUGGAUUGGAAGAAGGAUGGCACACGCUCAGAGGAACAGAAGGAUGUUGCCCAAGUGGAAAACUAUGUGGCACAACGCUAUAUAGAAAACCCCUACCUAAUAAACGGCAGGAAGUUUGAUCUGAGAGUGUAUGUGCUGGUAUCAUCAUAUGUUCCCUUGAAGGCCUGGCUGUAUCGAGAUGGCUUCGCCCGCUUCUCAGGCACUCGCUUUUCCCUCAGCAGUAUUGAUGACAAGUAUAUGCACCUCACCAACGUGUCUGUUCAAAAAACAGCACCUGACUAUGAUCCCGAAAAGGGUUGUAAGUGGCAGAUGCAACAGCUCCGAAGAUACUUGACAGCAAAACAUGGCAGAGAGAUGGUGGAAACCCUGUUUAAAGAGAUGGAUAACAUCUUUGUCCGCAGUCUACUGAGUGUGCAGAACGUCAUAAUAAAUGACAAACACUGCUUUGAGCUCUAUGGGUAUGACAUACUACUGGAUCAGAACCUCAAACCGUGGCUAAUUGAGGUGAAUGCCUCCCCAUCACACACACCCAGCAGCCAGGAGGAUUAUGAGAUGAAGUGCAGACUGUUGGAAGACACUCUGAAUGUUGUAGAUAUGGAGGGAAGGCUGACUGGCAAAGAGAAAAGGGUUGGGGGCUAUGAUCUCAUGUGGAACGAUGGACCUGUCUAUAGAGAGGAUGUAAACCUACAAACAUCUGGCAGUUCAUGUUUCACUGCCAACACACACUUAGGGUGUGUGAAUGACAGAGAGAAGCAGCUUCGCCAGCUUCUGAAACCGUUUCCAUACCAGAAGAAGAUGUAAUCUCAUGCAGAAUUUCUGUUGUGUUUCCAUAGUAUCAUGGUCUGCAAGACUGUGUCAUGGUGGCAUCCAGGUGACUCUCUGGAAGUAGACUGGCUCCAGUUAAUUCAAACACCUGGGAAAAAAACAAACAUAAAAUUAGUUCUCUGUAAUGAUCUGAUCAUAAUCCAACCUUGGUAAAAAUCUGAAUAUACGAAUCACAUGUACUCUCUAUGAGUGCUGUAAUAAGCAUGUAAUUUUCAUCAGCUGCUCCAAAGAAUGACUAAAAGACCAGUGUUCCUUGUGUGCAAAACAUUUAUUUCUAUGCCUUGCAAAUACUUGCAUUCAACAUUGAGAAAAUACAUAUCACAAUCUUUCUGCGUGCAUGUCAAUGUAAUGUACACACAUAUAGUAACAUUGCCACUCCUGGCCCCUUAUCUAUGGCUUCCGAUACUUUCCAUGGAUAUUAAGUGAAGAGGUGCAAUCAGAAUACUUAUCACAUUUACAUUGAUGCAGUGUUCCCAUGAAUCAGACGCACAUGGGAGACCACGAGAAACAGAGAAAACACUCUAAUGUAAACACAGUGUUCUAAAAACGUCAAGUAUGCAGUGGAAUAAAGAGGUGAUAUGUCUAACAUUACCAUGUUACAGCCUAACAGCUAUGAUGUGUUGAAACCCCAUCGAACCCUGGGAAUGACAGCACAGCAGACAUAAUUACAAUCAGCUCUACAGAUUUUUCUUUUUGUGCGUGACAAUGUAAACAGAACAAUGACAAUGAUGAAUACAAGUCAACCACAACACUUCUCAUAAAUAUAACUAUGGUAUAUAAAAUUUGGAAAAAUAUGCAUUUACAUUCGUAGCAAACAUUACACCGUCUUCAAUGAUAGGAAGAGCUCAGCUCUAUGCAAAAUACAGUAUAUUAUCAUAGACUACAAUUCAAGCUGUUCAAACAUGAAAAGCCCUUGUAACCAAAAAUGUGAAACCAAAGCACAAAUAUACCUGGAACCUGU